AUGUUGAAUCUCGCCCCGGAACAAUUUUUUGAACAAUUUAAUUCUUUAUUUAGCCACGGUGUUAAAAACGGAUGGUAUCAAAUGAAAGAUAUCGCUGAAUUCUUUGCAUGGAUAAAAUCGGCCGAUCAACUAUUUGGUCAAUACAUUUCUUGUUAUUCUUCAAAUGUGGACACAGAUGACCUCUGGAACAUGUUAAUACAUUUAUAUAAAACCGUUGAUAUUAAUGACAUUAUUCAAAACCAUCUAUUUCUAACAUUGAAAGAAAGAAUUCCAUCAGUUACUGUUUUGAAAUUUCUAAAAUAUACAAAAUCAACCAAAAAAUCAUUAGAAGAAAUCAAAAUUGAGUCUUUUAAAUCAUUUGUCGAUUUAUUUGAGAAAAUCUUUGAUGUUUAUAUUAUCCAAAAUAUCAAUAAUCCUCGACAUUCCUAUCAAUUCAAUCGAACUGAUUACCACGAGCUUUUACAGAAUGGCCUUGAAAUAUUUUCAACUGACCGUUUAGUAGAAAGACCUUCUUGUUUACUUCUAAUUCGUAAAGUACUCUUUGAAGUUGAAAGUCUUCAGAUGCCCAAUACACAAAGACUCAAAAAUCUGUUUGAAAACUUGAAAGAUUUUAAAAAAAGCUUAUGUGAAAAAUAUACUGCAGAGAAAAUCAUUGAUGAUGAAUGUCUAAAAGAUUUUCUCAUUACUAAUAUUUCAAUUUGGUUAAAAUUAGGUCGAGAAACCUAUAAAUAUUUAUGUGAAAAUCAUGAAAAUAAUCCAUGGACAAUCUAUAUUUGGACAAGAAUCAUUGAUCUAAGUUUUUCAAAAAUUUUAAAUAAUAAUCAUAUUGAUAUUCUCAUUAAAAUUAAUGAUUGGAUGAAAGAUGUUCAACAUGAUAUUUACAAUCCAACAGAUAUUUUGACAAUUAUUUUAGUUAUUAAAUUAUUUGAAUUAGCACUUAUGAAAUAUUCCAGAUCAAUCUUAAUGUUGCCAUAUAUUAACAUAAUAAUGAGUUUCAUCAUAUCUAUGCGUGACAAUACAUCUGUAAUAAUGAAUGUUCAUGAAAUUGACAAUUUUCUUAUGAGUGGCAAAGAAACUAUUUAUGAAAUUCUCCGAUUAAAGGCUAAAUGCUCAUUAUAUCGUGAACUGUUGAAUGAUUCGAUCAUUUUUUGUUUUGUUCCAUUGAUCGAUAUAAAUAACAUAGUUGGUACAAUUGAUCGUCAACAAUAUAGAUUUCUAUUGACAAGUGAAAAUAUCGAUGAUAUUGUUGCUUUACCCAAACCUAAUGAUAUUGAUUUCAAUAACAUUAGAUCCAACGAAGAGUUUUUUCAUCGAUUUAUUAAACAAAUAAAUGAAUGGUUUAACUGGUUCGAUCGAUUUGUCGAUAUAUUUCAACAUAUUAUAGAUUGGUUAAAAACUCAUAAUGUUAAUCGUUCAAGUCAAUUAUUAAUUGAUUUAUUAAGAACUCGUGAUGAUCCUAAAAUAACAUUAAUUGAAAUGAGAACAAUUAUUGAUAGUACUUUGAAACUUUUACAACCAUUUAAAGAUCUUCGACGUCUUUGUCAACUAUUCAAUUGUUUAAUUCCAUUUCAAAUUAUUAAUCCAGGCACAUUAUUUACUCAAGAUAAUACAACAAAAUUUCUUACAGAAUUAAAACGUUUUCAAGCAAACCAUACAUUUACAGUAGAAGGUAGAAAUACUCGUGAACAGAGUAUCUCUAUAAUCGAUCGCCAACAAAUUCAAUGGUCAUUAGCCAGUGAAAAAUAUCCAUGUGAUGUUACUGUUGAAUAUCGAAGUCACGGUGCAAAUAAUCAGUAUAAAACAUUAUAUCAACAACAAAAUGUUUCUAUUCAUAAACAUGUUCUUCAUGGUCAAUUUGAAAGUCAACGUAAUGGUCAAUUAUUAAUUACUAUUGAUAAUAAAAAUGAUUCGACACCUCGAAUUAUUUGGUAUCGAAUUAAAUGUAUGGGUAUAUCAACUUCGCAUUUAUUUCAUGGUAUAUUCAAAAUGCAUUUUGAUAAAUAUUAUCAAGAAACUUCUCCAAGCAUUACUGAAAAUGAUUUUAGUAAAUUACUUAACCAAGUUUUUGAUUUUAUAAAUAAACUUUUAAUUGGUGAUAUAAGUCUACGAUCAAUGACAGAAUUACAAGCUAUUUUCAAAGAUAAAAAUAUUAAUAUUCGAGAAGAAGUUAAAAAGUUAUAUAUAAAUCGUUCAAAUCAACAGAAUAACAAUAGAGUAAAUAUGCCAGAUGCUUUUGAACAAGUUCCAAGAAUUCAACCAAAUGAAAACGAAAUUGAACAAGUUUGUGAAUGGUUACAAAUUUAUCAAUAUUAUAGUCAUCUAAAUGUUAUUAUGGAAUGUAUUGAAAAAUUCGAUCUUUUACCAUUAGAUAAUGAAGAAGCAAAAAUAGGUCGUUUAAAACAUUUGAGUGGUAAUGAAAACUGUUCGUUAAAAGAUAUAGGUCAAGAUUAUAAAAUUUUACAAGAAUGUUUUCAAACAUUAACUCAUCAACAUUUACAAUUAAUUAAAACAGCCGUUAAAUGUUCGAAUGUUAUUCAAAUGAUGAAAAAAUCUGAUCUUUAUUCUCAACAUGGUCGACGUCGUUUUCAAGAACUACGAGAUAAUUUAACGACACAAUUUCAAUUACAAGAAUUAAAUAAUAUGAUUCUAAAUUCAUGGAUUAUAACUUAUGCAUUAAUUGAACCAUUUAUGCUUAAAGCAAACAAUUUUGAUGAUUUUAUUCUUCGUCUUGCUGAUAUAACCAAUUUAGAAGAAAGUUCAUUGAAUCAUAUCAAAGUGGUUAAUGAUAAUAUACAACUUGUAACAUUGUGGUUAUCAGCAGAAGAAACAACAGUAUUAGAUAAUGCUUUGAUUACUAUGGAACAUUUAUAUAAAAGUGGAACUGUUGAUAUUCAUUUACAACGUUUAACAAGAAAAAAAUCCUAUUAUGAAAUUGGUUAUUCAAUUGAUCGUAUCCAAGUUGAAAUGCAACAAAUAAGAGAUGAAAAUAAUCAGAACGAACAAGGUCAAGAAGAUAAUAUAGUUCGAGCAAAACAAAUUCAAUUUCAAUUAACAAUAUCCGAUAUUGAUGAUCAUAAACGUCAAUUAACAUUUUGUAAUGUUGAUGUUCAACAAAAUUUAAUUUAUAAAAAAGCUUUAAUUAAUGGUCAAUUGAAAUUGUUGCAAAUAAUUGAAAAUAUCUAUAAUAUUUUUACUAAAUUAGAAAUCGGUGGUCAUCCUGAUUAUCAAUUACGAGAUGAACAUUAUGAAAUACAUCUUCAACAAAUACAAGCUGGUUCUAUGUUAACUGAUAUACGAAUUUAUCAAAAUGCUCAAUUAGAUAAUGCUAUUCAUAAUCGUAUUAAAAGUUUAGAAUUAAUAUAUAAUACAUUAAAAACUACGUAUGAUAUAUGGAUACAAAAUUUAAAGAAAUAUCGUGAAGAAUAUUCAUUAUUGACAUUAUUUUCUAAUCGUGAAAUAAUGAUUUUAAUUAUUCUACUUCGAAAAUCAAAUGCACAGAAUUCUGUUCGAAGUCGUUUUCUAAAACAAUUAUUUGCAUUUAAUGAUUUAGAUAAUCAAAAUAAUGAAGAACAAAAAUUAACUAUUCAUUGUCUUGAACAUUAUCUUCGUUCAUUAAGAAUUUCACAAGAAAAUUUUAUAACAGAUCAUCUUAUUGAACUAUAUCAGAAGUAUUGUAUCGAAGCUGGGUCAAAUACUGAUUUAUGUUUAAAAAUCUUAACAAAAUUUCUUCAAGAUUUAUUUGAACAUUAUGGUAACAUAUUUCAAAAUGAACAAAAACAUCAUAAAAAUGAACAAUAUCUAAUUAGUAUAAAUCGUCCUAUAUCGAAUCUAAAUCAAAUGUCUUUAUCACAUGACUUUGAUUUGAAUAUGUGUUGUAUUUUAUUGAAUAUUUUUCAAAAUCAAUUACCAUCUUCUUAUCAAAUUCUUUGGUGUUCAAAUACAUCAGAAGAAGAUAUUUAUUUAUUUUUUUCUCGUAUACGUACAUUUCCUUCACUUACAUUUGUUAUUAUGGAUAUUGAUAAAAUGCAUCAUCGACUACGCGAAUUACUUUUAAAUGAACAAGAUUUAUUAACUCGUCAACAAGAUAUGCAUGGUCGAGUAUUUUAUUUUUCACGUGAAUUAACAACUGGUCGAAAAGGUCUACGAGAAUUUCAAAUACCAAAUAGAUAUAAAGAUCCAAAUGAAAGUUAUAUACAUUUAAUGAAUCUAUUCAAUGAAUAUCACAUUGUACCACCACAAAUUCAAAUUAUCUCUGGUCAAGCGGGCAUUGGUAAAACUCAUCAUAUCAAUAGACAAUUGAAAACUGAUCGUACAUCAUGUUUUAGUAUUAAUGAUAAAUUAAAUCUUUCAUUAUUAGUUAGUUCAUUUCUCUUAUUUGAUUCGAAUAUGACGAAUAAUAAUCCAUCGAUUUUUUUCAAUAUAUCUAUUCAUUCACCAUUCGAAUCUUUAAAUCGAACAUUAUUUUCUCUUUUUAUAUGUGGUUGUCUGAAUGAUCGAAAUAGUGGUCUAGUAUUUUCUUUACCACAUACUCAAUCAUGGAAAUUUAUUAUUGAAGUUCCGUAUUCUGAUGUAUGUGGUGUAAGUGUUAGAGAAAAUUAUGAUCAAAUUCUACCGAUUCUUUCCAUCAUUUCUCCAUCAACAUUAGAAGAAGUUACCGAUAAAAAUUAUGAAUUAUCUAUUGAAACAGAAGAAGAAGUUGUAGGUCGAUUUUUAAAAGCACUCGAAGAUAAAUCUAUCGAUCGUAUGGCAGAUGGUGAUGUAGCCGUUAAUUUCGAAAAAAUAACCAAUAGUGAUGAAUGUCGUAAAUAUAUCUAUAAUUGUAUUGAGAAAUAUGUUCCAGAUUUACCAAGAAAUAAAAUCUAUGAACUUUCAUUUACAAAAUUUUUAUAUCGUCGUGUACGUUUCUUUGAAGGACAUUACUAUUGUUGGAAUCAAAAAAUUCAACGAUUAGGUAGUAUUGCUUUAACACAUAUGAUUAAUGAAGCAAAAUCUUUAACACAAAUUAAUUUUCGAGAUAGUAAUUAUCCUCGUGUUUAUCUUGUCUAUGAUCCUGGAUUUUCUUUACAUUUAUUACAUGGUGAUUGGAAUCAUGUUCCAACAGAUUUAAAAAGUCUUUUUGAUAAUAAAGAUCCAUUAACAUCCGUCGAAUAUAAAAAUAAAGAUUAUUAUGCUGAAUGUUUAGCAUGGUUAAUUGAUAUUAAAUAUGAAACAUUUAUGAAAGUUGUUCAUGAUACAAAAUUUAUUUUAACAGAAAAUUUUGCAUAUAAACUUUUUCAUGUACAUGAAAGAAAAUUAACGAAAUUAGCAUUAAUUAUUGAAGGUGAUACGGGUGUAGGAAAAACAUUUCUUUUGAAAUUCUAUUCAUUACUAUUAAAUUCUAAAAUUACAAGUGAUCCUCUACAAAGACAUAUUACUCCAAAAAUUAUGGAAAAUUCAAAUAAAUUUCUUCUAAAUAUUAUUGAAACAAUAAUAGAAAAACAAGCAAAUAUUUUGAAUACAAUUCUUGAACAAAUUCGACCAAAAAUUUUAGUUUUAGAUAAUAAUGAUGAAGAUGAGCUUGAACUUCUUAAUCAACGACCAAUACCAAUCCAAGCUAUACCGGCUGCAGCACAACAAGCACAAGAUAAUGGACUGAUUGAUCAUGUUCUAUGUAAAGAAAUUAAGCAAUAUUUAAAUAAUGGUCAAUUAAAGAAAACUAUUUUAUAUCAUAUUUGGAAAACUAUUCUUAACGUUUCAACUGAACAUGGUACAGCUUCAACAGCAACUUUAAUUCAAAGUUUACAUGAUUAUGUUACUAAUGAAUUAGCCAAUUAUCCAUUGAUUGAAGGUAGUUCUCGAUUACACGAUUUACUUCAAGUAGUUUGUUCACCGACUGCUGAAAUAUCCAUUGAAAUAUUUAAAGAAUAUUUAUUUCGUAGUCAAAUUAAGCCCUUAUUCUAUCGUCUUCUUUUACAUCCUGGUGUUAAUGAAGAACAAUUAGUUGAAUUUAUGUUUCCAAUUUCUCAAUUAGCUCGAGAAUUACCCAAAAUGGAAAUUGUCGUUUUCUUUGAUGAAGUCAAUACAGCUUCAUGUCUUGGCUUAUUUAAAGAAAUGUUUAUGGAUGGAACAUUGUAUGGUAUAAGUAUACCGAAAAAUAUUUUCUUUACUGCUGCUAUUAAUCCGUUUGUAAAAAUAGAAGAAAAUAUAGAACAAGUUCAUCGUAGUAAUUAUAUUGUUCAUGAUUUACCUCAAUCAUUAAAAGAUUUAAAAGUUUCUUAUGGAGCUUUAGAAUCUCGAACAUUAGCUGAUUAUAUUGUUCGAAAAAUAGCCAUGUUUCAAGUUACUUCAUCAGCAAAGAGCGGUAAAACAAUGCCAUUAGAAGAUUAUGUUCAAGAUACAUUGGCUGAUUCUAUUUUAAAAGCACAAGAAUUUUGUGAAAAAAGUCUUGGAGUUAAUUCUGUUUCACAACGAGAAAUUCAACGAUGUUUUAGUUUAAUUGAUUUCUUUUGGACUUUGCGAUAUGAUGAUGAACUGAAAUUUGAUCAAAAAACGUUUACUCCUAAUCCUAUUCGAUGCAUUGCUUUAUCAAUCGCGUUGACCUAUUACUUUCGUCUUCCAACAGAAGAAGAUAACUUACAACGUAACGAUAGAAAAACACCUUCACGAGAAAAAUUAGCAAAACUUCUCUGUGAAGCUAUACCAGAUUUUGAUCAAAUCGUUCAAGAUGAACUCCAACGAUUUGUAAAUACUAACAAUUUUGCUAUUCCACGAGGCGUAGCAAUUAAUCAAGCUGUUCGAGAACAUAUCUUUGCUAUUGUAGUCAGUAUUGCUACACGAACAGCUUUAUGUAUUAUUGGUGUUCCUGGUCAAUCUAAAACAUUAUCUUUUCAAAUUGUUCUUCAAAAUCUUCAAGGUGCACAAUUAUCAGCCAAACCAUUUUGUAAACGUCUUCCUGCUAUUGAUCCAUUCUUUUGUCUUGGAUCAAAAUAUACUCGUUCACAAGAUAUUGCUUUCAUUUUUGAACGUGCUAUCAAACGUGAACAACAAUAUGAACAAAAUAGAAUGAAUACACGAUGUGUCGUUUUCUUAGAUGAAGCUUCAUUACCCGAUGAAAAGAAAAUGAUUCUCAAAGUUUUACAUCCUUACUUGGAUGAUUGCAAAGUAGCAUUUGUAGCCGUUGCUAAUAAAGCAUUUGAUGCAGCUAAUGCUAAUCGAAUGAUUUGUAUUUAUCGUUCAUUACCAUCUAAAGAAGAUCAAAAAAUUUUAGCUUAUGGUUGUUUGGGCUUACAAUUACAACAACGAGAAGAAAAUGAAGAUAAUCGUCUCGAUAAAAUUAUUUAUGGUUUAUGUCAAGGUUAUCGACGAAUUCUUUGUUCACCAGAUAUUCCUCAUAUAUUUCAUGAUCGUGAUUUUAUUUAUAUGUUAAGAGAAUUAAGAUUUGAACUUAUGAAUUUGAAUGAAGUUGAACAAACAAAUAUUGGAGAAAUAACAACACGAAGUUUAUUACGAGCUUUAGAAGAUAAUUUUAAUGGAAUUCGAAUGGAAGAAUUUGAUAAAUUAGUCGAGAUAUUUGCUAAUGCUGUUGGAGAACAAUGUCCUGAAUUUCGAUCAUUAAUUGAGGAGAAACAACAAAUUCAACGUAAUAUAGUAACAAUUUUACGUAAUUCAAUGAAAUUAGAUCCGACACGUCGUCGUCUUUAUGGUAGAUAUAAAUUAAUUAUUGAUGAAUCAGAAGAUGAAAGUGCUGUUCGUCUUCUCUUUCAAUUGGGAAUUCUUAAUUCUGAUCCAAAUCAAACAACAGUUUUUCGUAUGCCUGAUUUUCCCGAUGAUAUCGAUAGUGAAUUACGAAAUGUUGAAAUGUUAUCAAAUAUUAAAUUAUGUAUGGAAACAGGUAAAACUAUCUUAAUGAUAAAUACAGGUCGAAUUCAUGGUUCACUUUAUGAUGUUUUUAAUCAAAAUUUUUCAAUUAUGGCGACAGAAGAUAGUCGAAAAAUUUUUUCUAAAGUAGCCAUUGGUCCAAAAACAAUUGAUGUUGUUGUACAUGAAGAUUUUCAAUGUAUUGUUCAUAUAAAACGAAAUGAAUUGAAAGAUAUUCCAGCACCAUUUUUAAGUCGUUUUCAAAAAUAUUCUUUUAGUAUAUCAAAUUUUUAUUCAAUUCAAUUAAAAGAUAUUCCAAUAGAAGAUCAAAAUCUUAUGAGAACUGUUGAAACAAAAGUUCGAUCAUUUAUUGAUCAUUUUGGAAAAGAAUAUUUCUAUGGAUAUAAAGAUGAAACAUUAUAUUCAUGUCUUUUAUCAUUUAUUAAAAGAAAUGUUCAAGGUGAAUUAUAUUUAUCAAAUAUUCAUGAAAAUUAUAAUCAAUUAACAAUUCAAUCAAAAUCAUUCAUUGAACAAGAUAUAAAAAAUAAAAAACAAUGUUUUCUUUUUUCUAUUAUAUCAAAAUUAUUACAAUUAGCUUCACCUGAAUCAAUGAUUUAUAAAUUACCAACAUUUGAAGAAAGUACUACUCGAUUAUUAUGUCAAAAUUAUUUUUAUCAACAAGAACAUUUUAAUAUUGAAAGUUUUCUUCAUCAAUUUAUUUCAACUUCAACGUCAAUUAUUGAUGAUAAUGAAUUAUUGAUGAUGAAUGAUAAUAUCGAGCAAAAAAUCAAUAAUAAUAUUAAUAUGAUAAGAAAAUUAAUGAUAUUUACUCGAACAUCAUCGUUUGUUGCUAGCUUAAAUAAACAUUCAACAAAUGAUUUAUUUCGUAAAAAUGACCAAGAUGAUGAUGAUGUAAUGAUGAAUAUUAGUCAAAAAGUCGAUAUUAUUAAUUUAGCAAUUAUUGAAAAUUCCAACGAAUUAAACGAACAAUUUCAAAAUUUUGAAGAAAACAAUCAAAAAUCGAUUCUUAUCAUUAUUAUUGAUGGUCGUCUUAGUCAACAACGUAUACAUAUACCAUUUGUUCGACAAUUAAUUGAUAAAUUCGAUCUUUCUUGUAUUAAACCAAAUGAAAAUUUUUCAAAAUUUUUCUUGAUUUUAAUUCAUUCAUCUGGACAAGAACUUAAUUAUAAAUCAUGUUUUCCUUCGAUAUUUUUACAUGAAUGGGAAUAUUGGUUUCUUGAUACAUCAACACCAGGUAGUGCAUUUCAUCUUAAAAAAAUGUUACAAAUUUUUACUUCAAAAAUUGGAAUCAUACAUAAAAAAGAAUCAUUAGAUAAUCCACUUUAUGACGUAAAAAUGCUUUUUGAUGAUUGUCUAUGGGAUUUUUGUUCUCGUUUACAAAUUAAUGCUCAUAAAUUAUCUGAAAAUAUAUUUAAUAAUCGAAUUGCUUAUGAAUUUUAUCAAACUGAAACAGAUACUAAUCGACGUGUUCAAUGUUUAAAAAAUAUUUUUGAACAAGUCAAUGAAUUACAAAAACAUAUUAUAACAAGUUAUCAUGAAAGUAUUUCAAUGAAAGAAGAAUCUAUACGAAAAACUUGUAAUUCAAUUUAUGAUCUUGCUAAAGAUACAUUAUGUGGAAAACAUUUUACAGGUCUUGUGGAUUCUUUACAAUCACAUAUAAGAAAAUCAUUUUCAAGUUUUGUCUCAUAUAUUUUAAAAUAUAUUGUUGAUGAUUAUGGAUUAGAAUCAUUAACUAAAUUAUCAAGUAAAGAUAAUGAUUAUAUUAAAUUAUUUCAAUUAAUUGAUUAUGCAUCAUUUACUGUUAAUAAUGAAAAUAAAACUGUUCCUAUGAUGCAAGAUAUAUUAAGAUUAAAUGAUCAUUAUUCUUGUAUUCCUCAAACACUCUUAUUUCAUUUAUUUCGACAACGUAUCAAAACUUUAGCAGAUGACAUCAAAUCGAAACUAGCAAAUAAACAAGAUCAAUACAAUGUUAAUUCACUUGAUGAUGUGAAAGCUAUUGCUAAAUCUAAGGAAGUUUGUCAACAUCGAACAAGUAAUCUUAAAGAUCAAACAAAAUACUCAUUUAAAUGCAGUCACUAUCGUAAAUAUCCAUUGUGUCGAUAUGAACUCAAGUCAACUGUACCAGACGCUGAUGUAAACUCAAUUACAGUUAUGUUCAAAAGUACUGAUGAUCAUGAUUAUCGCAAUCAAACACGACGGUUAGCAUCUCCAGUAAGACAAUUGGUUUCAAAAUAUAUCAGUGUCGGUUUAAGAACAGCUCAAAUUCGCUCGUCGAUUUUGAUAGACUAUCCAACAACACCUAUAGCAUCAACUAAAUUAACGUCAUUGGUUCAAAUUCAACGUCGAAAAGGCUGUCCUGAAAUGUUUUCAAUUUACGAUUUUCUCAAAUGGUGCAAUGAUCAUCAAGAUGAUAUUCCUUCACAUUCAACUUAUGUACCAUUCUAUUAUAUUGAAGACAUCUAUGAUUUAUUUAUUCUUUUUACUACAAAAACAUCAAUUCAACAAAUUACCUUAACUCAAUUAUUGCAAGCUGAUGCCACGUACAAGAUAACAUGGAAUGAGUUGCGACUCCUGGUUUUCGGUUCAUCGGAUGAAAAAAGACAAUUUCAUCCAUUUGGUGUUGCACUUGUUUUGAAUGAUGAAAGCUCAUCUUGCUAUGAACAUUUAUUCACAUCACUUCAAUCAUUAAGUAUUCAAGAAUUGCGCAAACCAUAUUCGUUACAAUAUCUACCGGUCGAUGAAGCACUAGGCUUUACUGCGGCUAAAAACAAAAUAUUUCCACAAGCAAAACGGCUUAUGUGCUGGUUUCACAUGAUAAAAAAGUGUCGUGAGAAUCGAAAUCUGGUCAACAAACAACAAUGGAGUGUCAUUGAUAAAGAUAUUCAUGCUGUACAUUGA